CGGCGCGGGGCGCGCGCGGCGCUUUCCAAGCGGAGCCCCGCCGGGCCGAUCGGUGCCGCUGCUCAAGAUCGGCGCGGUGCUGAGCACCAUGGCCAUGGUCACCAACUGGAUGUCGCAGACGCUGCCCUCGCUCGUGGGGCUCAACGGCACCGCCGCGCGCCCCGGAGCCUCCGACAAGAUCACCCUCUUCCAGAGCCCCGAGGAAGGCUGGCAGCUGUAUACCUCGGCACAGGCGCCCGACGGCAAAUGCAUCUGCACCGCAGUGAUCCCGGCCCAGAGCACCUGUUCUCGCGAUGGCCGGAGCCGAGAGCUGCGGCAGCUCAUGGAGAAGGUGCAGAACGUCUCGCAGUCCAUGGAGGUGCUGGAGUUGCGGACUUACCGGGACCUGCAGUACGUGCGCAGCAUGGAGGCCCCGCUGCGAAGCCUGGACGCGCGGCUCCGGACCGCCGACGGCUCCCUGCCGGCCAAGAGCUUCCAGGAGCUGAAGGCACGCAUGGGCGAGCUGCUGCCACUGGGCUCGGUGCUGGAGCAGUACAAGGCCGACACGCGCACUGUGGUGCGUCUUCGCGAUGAAGUCCGCAACCUGUCGGGCAGCCUGGCGGCCAUCCAGGAGGAGAUGGGCGCCUAUGGCUACGACGACCUGCAGCAGCGAGUGCUGGCGCUGGAGGCACGGCUGCACGCCUGCGCCCAGAAGCUGGGCUGUGGGAAGCUGACGGGGGUCAGUAACCCCAUCACGGUUCGGGCCAUGGGGUCCCGCUUUGGCUCGUGGAUGACGGACACGAUGGCCCCCAGUGCCGACAGCCGGGUGUGGUACAUGGACGGCUACUACAAGGGCCGGCGCGUGCUGGAGUUCCGCACGCUGGGCGACUUCGUCAAGGGCCAGAACUUCAUCCAGCACCUGCUGCCGCAGCCCUGGGCCGGCACGGGCCACGUCGUGUACAACGGCUCGCUCUUCUACAACAAGUACCAGAGCAACGUGGUGGUCAAGUACCACUUCCGCUCGCGCUCGGUGCUGCGCCAGCGCAGCCUGCCCGGCGCCGGCUACAACAACACCUUCCCCUACUCGUGGGGCGGCUUCUCGGACAUGGACUUCAUGGUGGACGAGAGCGGGCUGUGGGCCGUGUACACCACCAACCAGAACGCGGGCAACAUCGUGCUCAGCCGCCUGGACCCGCACACGCUCGAGGUGCUGCGCUCGUGGGACACGGGCUACCCCAAGCGCAGCGCCGGCGAGGCCUUCAUGAUCUGCGGCGUGCUCUACGUGACCAACUCGCACCUGGCCGGCGCCAAGGUCUACUUCGCCUACUUCACCAACACCUCCAGCUACGAGUACACGGACGUGCCCUUCCACAACCAGUACUCGCACAUCUCCAUGCUGGACUACAACCCGCGCGAGCGCGCGCUCUACACCUGGAACAACGGCCACCAGGUGCUCUACAACGUCACCCUCUUCCACGUCAUCAGCGCCGCCGCCGCCGGGGACCCCUAGCG